AUGUUUCGAUCCGCUGUAUAUAAAGUUAAUGCCAAAGGAACUGUCCUGAGAAGUUGGGAUAAUUUAGUGUUACGAGUCAUGGUAAAUAGGGCCAUUAAGAACAUUGUCGAUCAAAAUAGAGUUUCUAGUUUAUUUCGAGAGACUUUCACUGGACCUUCAUGUUUAUACCAUUGGCUAAUUAAUCAGAGACCUAAAAGUUACCUUAGAAGAAAUUUGUCCUACAUUCAAAAAUCUCGUAGAAAACCGGUAAGAACAUCUAAUUUUAAUCUAAGAGAACGACGCCUAACACUUGAAGAAUUGUCUAAGCGUCGUAUACAAGAAGACGAAAACAUUUCCACUAGUCGAGUUUAUAGAACUCUUAAUCUUACGAUUGAUGAGUUGGUCACAAAUGCAAGCCAUUCUUCAGAAAAUAAACGCUUUAGUGCCGAAUGUGAAGUUGCUCUUUUCGAAAUAAAGAGAAAAUUACCGACCAAUGUUAUGAAAAAACGUAAAACGAACACUCAAGAUGAAGAAUUUAAAUUACUUCAUCGAUCAAUUUCCCCCAUAGUGGUGGAUGAAAACGGUAAUUAUGUAAAAGAAACUUUCGAACUGAAUCCUUACUCAACAAAUACUGAUGGAGACGAUGUGGACGAUCGGGAUGUAGUUAUAGGUUUCCGUUUGUAUGUAAUCAAUAGUCAAACAUGGCCACCUUUAAGUUCGGAACCUUUAAAGAAACCGGUUAAUGGUGAAAAGAAAAAAUAUCCCUUAAUACCUGUUGAUUUUUCCGAUGGUCGUCGAAUUCUGUGUGCUCAAUUGAAUGCGUUAGAAGGUGGAAAGUUUUGUAAAGAUGAUCGAUACGAACUUGAUCUUAGAUAUGCACUUGAAAAAGGUCCAAUAAUAGAUUCAAAUUGGAAAAUGAAGCUUACAAUUGAUUGGCAGUGUAGAGUACAUCUCCCUUUAAAACCCACGAUGCCAAAGCCAGUGCCUAUCAUUACUCAGAAUGAUGAUCUACCCGUGACUUUUAUAUAUCGCGUUGCUGAUUGCGAAUUACAUCAGGCAGUAAGAGGGUUUCGUUGUCCAUGGUGUAUCAACCUUAAUUUUAAGGAUAGUACGUGUUUGAUGCUUCAUCUUCGUAAUAAUCAUAUGCAUUUGAAAUUUGGUACAAAGAAUGGCAAGCAACCACCAAGCGAUCGCGUAAUUGUUGUUAAUUCAAACGAUGAUCUGUCAGAGUUGGAAUUUUUUGAUAUUGAUAAGCGCGAAGGUAUCUGGAAUCCAAAACCAUUUGUGUAUCCUGUAAAGCAAUACACAACGCCACCAGUGGCAUUAUCAUCAUUGCCUUCACAAUCAUUUUAUCAUUCUCAUACCUUCAUGCCAUACAUUGGUGAUGAAAAUGUAAAUGAUUCUGAGGACGAUAUUUGUACUCAUUGGGUGGAGCAGCUCAACGAUGAGACGCUUGACGAAAUAUCAGAUGUGAAUGAUAAAGAGAAAUUAAUGAUGAAAAUUUGGAAUAGAUUUAUAGAACCACAAAAGGGACUUGCUGAUCGCAAUCUUCCAGAAGUUUGUAUUCAGUUUUCUAAGUCACGCGGUGAUCAAAUAAUAUCGUUGGAUUUGAGAAAUGAAUUUGCAUUUCAUUUACUAAAUAUUCUCGAAUUCCAAUUGAUUGAUAGUCAAUGUGUCGCCAAAUGUUUGAGUUACGUGGAUAAGGUUAAUAAUAACAAAAAAUAA